AUGAGCCUCGUAGGGAACCUCAGCCCCGACCUCAGCGCCCUCUCUGCGCUCACUACCAUGUCAGUACCACCGCCACCAUACACCCCUCUCCUUGUCAGUUCCACCGCCACCAUAUAUCCCUCUCCAUGUCAGUUCCACCGCCACCAUAUAUCCCUCUCCAUGUCACCACCUUCCUCCUCCCUCCCGCGCUCACUGCCAUGUGUGUGCUCGCCGCAUCAUUCUCCUCCUCCCUGUGCACUCAUGCCCAUCGACCUGGGAAUGAACCUCUUCAACGUGGAGCUCAGCGAUUUUGUCGCCCCGCUUCUGCAGAUCAAGUCUGUUGCCUACAUCGACCUGUCCAGUAACUACCUCUAUGGCUCCGUACCAGAAGCCCUCCUCCUCAUGCCCAACCUAGAACUCCUCUCCCUAGCCUCCAACUAUCUCACCGGCGUUCUGCCGUCUCCUCCCUCCGUCGCACUGAAAACGCUCGACGUCUCAGGGAACUUGUUCGCUGGUUCCUUCCCCUCCUUCGCCUCGCAACUCGACGAGUGCAGCGCGGGCGGCAACUGCUUGUCUUCUUCCGGGCACUGUUCAUCUGGGGAGGGAGCGGGUGGGGAGCAGAGGGGGGAGGAGGCAUGUGCAGUGUGUGGCGGGUCAAUGAAGUCAAUGCAAGUCAACCUGUGUGGCGAGGGGAGAGUGUGUGUAGCAGAGAUGGAUACUGUUCCUGAAUCAGCGGACGAGGCGGGGAGUGUGACUGUAACGAUGGGUGGCAGCAGCGGCGAUGAAUCUGCAAAAGAAUCUCCCACAGGUGCUUCUGAGGACGGUGCGAAGAGCAGUGCUGAUAGUGGUGCUGACAGUGGUGCUAAAAGCGGUGCUGGCAGUGGUAGUGAAGAGAAGGAGGGGGACAGUGGAGGGGACAAUACGCUUGCUGGAUCGGAAGACAAGGACGGAGAUGAGGAGGAGGGAGGAGAGGAGGAAGGGAAUGUUGAGGAGGGAGAGGAGGAGAUUAGUGGUGAAGGAGAAGAGGACACGACGAGUGCGGCGGGAGAGAAGGGAAGUGGUGAGGGAAGCAGCGGGGUGAGCCAAUCAGAUGGAAGUGCAAAGUCCGGGGAGGAAGGUGGUACUGAGGAGAAGAUUCGAGAUAUGUAUUAG